GAAUGGAUCAAGAAAUUAAUUUAAUUUUUGGCUGUGUCCUAACAUUUUUCUGUAUAGUAUAAAGUUUUAUUAGUUUAUGUGUAGGUAAAGCAAAUUUACAUUGAUUAGUUGUUUUUUCAUCAUAAUAUUUACAAAUCAUGGGAUCGACAUUUAGUCACUAUUUUUCAAGCUAUCAUCAAAGCCAUCAUCAGGCCAAGGAGCCUGAAAGGAUGAAGAAGUUCAGCAAUAUGAAGUAUGUGCCGUUGAUGCUGUUUCAAUUAAUAUUGAUGGCUUUGUUCUUCGUGUUCGUGAGGUAUGGUGGAGAGAAACACCAUGACAUUAGAGGUUUCGAAGGCACUCAUGUGAUGAUAUUCGUCGGUUUCGGAUUCCUGAUGACAUUUCUAAAGAAGUAUGCGUACAGUGCGUUGGGUUUCAACUGGUUCCUUGCUGCCAUAGUGAUACAAUGGGCGUUUUUGUGUCAAAACUUCUACCACAUGCAGGACAUGAAAAUUUACGCUACUAAAGAGACCAUACUGGAGGCUGAUAUAAUGGCGGCGACGGUACUUAUAACUUUUGGCGCACUGCUGGGCCUCGCGAGUGACUUACAGUUACUCUUCAUUGCCGUCGUCGAAGUUGCCGUCGCGUGCGCCAACUUCUAUCUCGUCGGGGAUAUAUUCAAGGCAGCAGAUGUGGGUGGUUCAAUAGGGAUCCACGCCUUCGGUGCAUACUUCGGCUUAGGCGCCAGUUGGGCCCUGAAGCCGCACCACAAGAAAACAACCACCAACCCUCCGCCCUCGACGUCUCCCACGGUGGACUUGAGUGGACCGACUUACGUCUCUGAUGUUACCGCUAUGAUAGGUUCACUUUUCCUAUGGAUCUAUUGGCCGUCUUUUAACUCAGCACUGACAACAACUAAUAGUGAAUACCAAAGAGCAGUUAUCAAUACUUACUUAUCAUUAGCUUCAGCCACUGUUACAACAUUCGUAAUGUCCUCACUCGUCAGCCACAACCGGGGCAAGUUAGACAUGGUGCACAUACAGAACUCGACGUUAGCGGGCGGCGUGGCGGUGGGCUCUGUGUGUAACAUGCAUAUAAUGGCCGGUGGGGCGAUCGCUAUAGGCAUCGGCGCCGGAGUACUGAGUGUACUCGGAUAUAGGUAUUUAACUCCACGCUUGACCAAGUUAGGAGUCAGAGACACAUGCGGCGUCCACAACCUGCACGGCAUGCCUGGCAUUUACUCAGGGCUACUCAGCAUUGCAUUUGCCGCUAUAGCAACUAAGGAAGAGUAUGGGGAGGAUCUGUCUGCAGUUUUUGGAGCUAUGGGUGGUGAAGAGGGGACUGGCAGGCCAGCAAUGACACAAGCUCUCAAUCAGUUAUAUGCUACUCUCGUGACGAUAGUUAUAUCAGUAGUCGCUGGUGCAGUUACUGGUUUAUUCGCCAAACUGCCAUGUUUCUCGCCGCUCAAAGAUAAGGAACACUACGAUGAUGACGUCAACUGGGAGCUGCCCGAGUGACAUACCUUCUCAUCGACAUACUUAGUUAUAGCUUGAACAUACAUGAACAAUGAUUAAAUGAUUUUUUU